GCGCAGGAUCUAAAACCGCGCUAGGCGCUGCUCUCCACGCUCGCUCGCUCCGCUCUUCUCUACCCGUGCGAUCUACACCCGGUUGCUUUUUCGUGGGGGAAACCUGAAAUACGCAUAUCCCCGUGGCUUGCCUACGACGACCGCGCUCCCGCCGCUACGUGUAACACACUACGACGAGCCAACCUACCACCUUCUGUCGGCCGGAGUUACGAGUGCCACACGCAGUAGUAGUCACGGUCAGGGAGGAGGGUCGCCCGCCGUGUGUCGCGGACAGCUCUCGAUCGCGCGGUCUCCUCUCUUGACUCGCGUCCGUACGGUGAUAGUAGUAUACCGUCGCGAAUAGUAAACGCAUCGAGCCGCCGUCGCGUCGUCACCGUCGUCAUCGUAAACGUGAAUCACCGUGUUGAACGUCGUUCGGUCAAUUCGCGCUCGUUUUUACACAGUUAUCCUGUUCUAUCGUAACAACCGCGCGUGCUAUCGUUCCGAAACGAGCACGGCCGGCAUUAGAACGUAAAGGCGGCAACCUCGGAGAUACGUAUCGCGUAGACAAGCGUAUUGGUUGUGGCAACGCCGCCGCCACACUGUGUGCGUCACGCGCGUCUUGUCUUCGCGACUCGCGGGCAUCAUCAUCAUCAUCAUCAUCAUCCGCUCCGAACGCGGAAAUAUCCGCGAGGCACGAUUAAAACUGUGCCGCGACGGCAGUGAAUAGUGAUUGGCAUCGUGACGCCCGCCGCCGUCGUCGUCAUUCGUCCUCGUCGUCGGGCGUCAUCGUGGUUUCUUUUCGUGUUUGGUUACGGUGUUUAACUGAAGGAAUGUAACGUGUUUCCAAUCAGUGACAAUUUGGUGCAUCGGGUUGUUGGUGUGCGAAACAGUGAGUAGAAACAGGAACACCUGACACGUUGCUGCGUACAUAUAUAUAUCUUUAUAGAUGUGAGAACAACGAAGUUGGACAGAAGAAACAAGUUAGUUUGUGCCACUUUCUACGAUAUUCUCGACGAUAAAAACCUCGAUGAGGCGCGUUCGACUCGCAGGCCUCGCGAUCACCUGGCGCACGAGCGCCGUGCUGUAAGGUGCAUUUUCAACUCUCAAUUUCACUCUCCGAGAGAAAAUUCGCAAUCGGUUCAAGAUUCGGAAAGCGCGAGCGUCGCUUAUAUGCGACAACACCAGGUGCUCGUGGAUCACGAGCGAAGACGAUUGCUCGCGCGGGAUUGACGAGAGGCGCUCUGACACCGAGCUGGUGUUACCGCGACAAUGAAGAAACACGUGCGUCCACUUGCAGACGUUGAAGACGCCGUUGUAUUACUUUUACCCGGAGCGAUACUCGUCACCGAGCUGUGCUGACGCCCGUUCGCGAUUUUCCGAAUUCAACGUCGGCCAUAGACUUGCUGUGAACAACGGCAACUUUGAAACAAACAGACAAACACGCAGAUAGCGAAGACAAGAUAACACAUCAGGAAAGAAGUGAUACGCAACGGCGGAAGCCGUGUAAAGGGCGUGCGAGAUUGUCAGAGUGUGAAACAAGCGGGCCGACGGAGAGGUGCGCGCGCGUUUGGCCAAAAACGCGCGUAUCGGCUGCUCUUAGAAAAGAACACAAAAGUUUUUCCACACCUUUCGGAACCUGCCGUCGGCCGCCGACGGAGUAUCAGGAAUUCGGUUCAUUACUUCAGGAACACGCGCUUCUAUCUUAACGUGACAAAACGCAGCGUCAUUGUAGCGCGUCGGAGCAUCAGGCUUAAACGUGCUCUAACAGUGCUGAGAAACAAGUGUGGUGCAGUGUAGAAGCUCUUUUUGCUUAUUUUGUGGGAAAAUACAGCCGCUACGGUGGCUCAGCACGCAGAGUUCCCCGGCGCGGCCAGGGCGUUCAUGGCGCAGCCAAGGUACGAUGACGGCGGGCUGCACAGCGGCUACCUCGAGGGCGGUGGUGGCGGUGGAGGCACAGGCCUGUACGACCCACACGGUAGUGCCCGGGGUGUUCCCGGUUUACAUCACAGUCCUCACCUCGGGGGUAUGGGUCCGGCGCACCCCCAAUAUCCACCGCCCCCGCCUCAGCCACCACAACAUGUUCUCGCAGCUGCAGCGGCGGCUGCGGCCUCCGCGGUACCCGACGUCCACAAACGCGAUAAAGACGCGAUUUAUGGACAUCCUCUGUUCCCACUUCUCGCACUCAUAUUUGAAAAAUGCGAGUUGGCGACAUGUACGCCGCGCGAACCAGGUGUAGCUGGCGGUGACGUCUGCUCGUCAGAAAGCUUCAAUGAGGACAUCGCCGUUUUCUCAAAACAGAUCAGACAAGAGAAACCCUACUACAUUGCGGAUCCGGAGGUGGACUCGCUGAUGGUUCAAGCGAUUCAGGUCCUCCGGUUUCACCUCCUUGAGCUUGAAAAGGUACACGAGCUCUGCGACAACUUUUGCCAUCGGUACAUUAGCUGCUUGAAGGGCAAGAUGCCGAUCGAUCUGGUGAUCGACGAUCGGGAGAGUUCGAAACCACCCGAGUUGGGUAACGGUCUGGACGGCAACGGACCCAGAAGCACCGCCGACAGCACCAGCCAUACGGACGGUGCCAGCACGCCGGACGUUAGGCCACCUUCAUCGUCGCUCUCGUAUCCAGGAGCGGGCGCUAACGACGACGCCCGUAGUCCCGGAAGUGGAGGUACCCCCGGUCCACUGAGCCAACAAGCCCCAGCCAGCUUGGACUCAACGGAUCCAGACGCAAUGGGCAAAUGGUGUCCUCGUAGAGAAUGGAGUUCGCCACCUGACGCGCAACGUGCGAACGAAGCGCGUCGUGGUGUUCUUUACUCCUCCGUCUUCCUCGGCAGUCCCGGUGACGCGAGUAACGCCAGUAUCGGCAGUGGCGAGGGAACGGGCGAGGAAGACGAUGACUCGUCGGGCAAGAAGAACCAAAAGAAACGAGGUAUUUUUCCUAAGGUCGCGACGAACAUCCUUAGGGCGUGGCUCUUUCAACAUCUUACGCAUCCGUACCCAUCGGAAGACCAAAAGAAACAGCUGGCACAGGACACGGGGUUGACGAUUCUGCAAGUCAACAACUGGUGA